UCUCAUAGCAGAUUACUUCUGUGAUAAUCCUACCUAUCCUGAUUACUACUUCCGUAGAAGGUUCCGCAUGGGAAAACCCCUCUUUCUACGCAUUGUUCAAGCUCUUGGUGAGUGGUCUCCCUACUUCACUCAAAGGGUAGAUGCCCUGGGCCGUCCAGGUCUAUCACCUUUACAGAAGUGCACGGCAGCCAUGCAUAUGUUGGCGUAUGGUGUUCCUGCCGACAAAACAGAUGACCAUGUAAGACUUGGUGCAUCUACGGCACUCGAGUCUCUUGAGAAAUUUGCUAAGGGGGUCAUUGCCAAGUUUGGUGGAGAAUAUUUGCGAAGGCCAACUGUUGAAGACAUUCAACAUCUACUGGAAAUUGGCGAAGCACGUGGUUUUCCUGGUAUGCUAGGAAGCAUAGACUGCAUGCAUUGGGAGUGGAAAAACUGUCCGGUUGGAUGGAAGGGGCAGUUUACACGUGGUGACUACGGUGUCCCUACCAUCAUCCUUGAGGCUGUAGCAUCCCAUGAUCUCUGGAUAUGGCAUGCCUUCUUUGGUGUUCCAGGAUCCAACAAUGACAUCAAUGUGCUCAAUCAGUCGCCAUUGUUCAUUGAAACGUUGCAAGGGAAUGCUCCUAGGGUAGACUACUAUGUCAAUGAGAGACAAUACAAGAAGGGUUAUUAUCUUGCAGAUGGAAUAUAUCCGGAGUGGGCUGUUUUUGUGAAAACCAUCUGGUUGCCUCAAACUGAAAAGGAUAAGUUAUUUGCGAAGAAACAAGAAGGUGCGAGAAAGGAUGUUGAACGUGCAUUUGGAGUUCUACAACAACGCUUCAAAAUUGUGGCAGAACCAUCACGUCUUUGGGAUCAAAUAGAUAUCUGCAACAUAAUGAAAGCAUGUGUGAUCAUGCACAACAUGAUACUCGAAGAUGAGAAGGGCGAGGAGUUGCCUUUCGAUCUGAAUGAAGCUUUGGUUUCAUCCACUGCUCUGCCACCGACAGCGAUUAGCGGGGCUACACCCUUGUUCGCCGACGUAAUUAGAAGAGAUGUUGAGAUACGUGACCGGUCCAUGCACAAUCGCCUCAAGCAUGAUUUGGUUGAGCAUAUUUGGAAGAAAUUCAGCGAAGAUACAAACAGUCCAAUGGAAUAUCGUCCUCCUAAUGGUUUCAUGAGCUUCCUUCAAGACCAAAGUCACCCCAACUUCACCUUGCCAGCCCCGCAGCAACUUGGUUUCCAAUAUCCAAUGUUCUGCACGCAGCCACCGCCGCCACCAGCCAAGCACCACUCUCUUCCAUCACCAUCUGAUCCCAUGACCACAACUCCAUCGAACAAGCGAAAACGAGUUACAAUUGAUGUGGAAGCAGAUGAUGAAGAUAGUCACAGGUUGUAUUAUACAAAAGUUGAGGAUAUCAGAUUGGUGAGUGCUUGGUUGCGCAACUCUGUGAAUCCUAUCGAUGGGAAUGCAAAGAAGGGAGAAUACUACUGGAAGGAGGUUGCUGAUGCAUACAACAGCACAACUGAGAGUGACCGAAAGAGGGAUGUGAAGCACCUGAAGAACCAUUGGCACAAAACAACAAAGAAGGUAACCUCUUUCAAUGGCUGCUAUAACCAGAUCAGAGACACCUAUGCGAGUGGCCGGUGUGAUCAACAACUGAUGCAACAAGCUCUAGACCUGUACCAUAGCCGCAAUGGACACCAGUUCAUGUAUGUACAUUGGUGGGAAGCUGUGAAGGAAAGCCAAAAGUGGAAGAUUCAUGUAUACACAGAAGGAGAUGGAACAAAGAGGUCACCACCAGUCCCAACUGAGAAUGCUCAGCGUCCCCCGGGUGUCAAGAGGGCGAAGAAAGCUAUAGGAAAAGAUAAGGAAGCCCCUACUGAGAUGAAUAACAUGCAAGAACAGAUUGGGGCUUUUCUAAAAGCACAAGCUGACACUAAGGCACAAACUGAUGAGAUGAUGGAAUUGCAGAGUCGUCUAUCUGCUCAGAAGGUAGAAGCUAACCGACUUGCAUAUGAGGCAGCAAAGGAGAGGACAGUGGCAAAGUUAGCUGAGGAAAGAACCAAGCGGUUUGACAAGUUCACAGAGAUGUUGAAUACCGACACUACAAGGAUGGAGCCAUGGGCAAAGGAGAUGCAUGUGAGGGCUGUCACAAGACUAGGGGAUCAACUUUUCAAGGAUGAAUAG